AUGGACCUCCUGCUUGUGUUUAUGCUGCUCCUGCUUGUAUUGAUCCAGAGAAACUCUGGGAGGCUCCAAACCAAGUGCCCCCCAACUUUGAAGCAACAAGACAGAGGAAAUCCAUGGAACUAUUAUGGGCCAGGAGAUCACAUUAUUAGUGUGGUUCAAACUGCAACAAAACCUUUGCUUGAGCCAUUGCAGUUCAAUGGAGCUCCUUGUAUUUCUUCUCCGAUUAGAGAUCCUAAUCUCCCAGAAAUGCUUCCCUUCAUUCUCCCCAUUCAAGUGAUCAACAAGAAUACCCAACUCCUGCAAAACCUCACACUUGGCUACAACAUCCAUGACAACUAUUUGAGCACUCUUCACACUUCGGAUGCCCUAAUGGACAUGCUGUCUACUGGAGAAGCCAAUAUUCCUAACUAUAGCUGUGGAGCAACGGACAACCUUCUGGCUGUUAUUGAUGGAGCUUUCAGGGAAGUCUCCAUGCAGAUGUCUACAUUAGUAGGAACCUACAAAGUCCCUCAGGAAAGAGGGUAUGAAGAUUCCUUUGAACCAUUUAUAUUUGUGGAACCCUUGCAUAAGUGUUUUCACUGUUCUUUUGCAAAACACAUCUUUUCUGUGAAAGGCCGGAGAAGAUGCAUCCAGAAAGCACCACUGGAGACCCAGGAUAAAAGCAACAGAUUACAAAUUGACCACCGUGCUUACAGUGUCAUUAAGACUCUGGCCCAUGUCUUGAAUGCUGCAUAUUCCUCUAGAUCCAGGAGGAGAAGAAAGGAGGGCAAAGAGAAGUUGAACAUUCCAAAGCUGCAGCCAUGGCAGCUUCAUCCCUUUCUGCAGAAGAAUGAAUUUUGCAACCUCUCUGAGAUGAAACUGUACUUGGACCAACAUGGAGAUCUGGUGGCAGAUAUGAACAUCCUGAGCUGGGUGGUUAUCCCUGAAGAGGAUUGCAUGGAAGAGCAGCUGGGGAGUUUUGAAAGGCAGAGACUUACUAUUAACCAAUAUGUGCUUUUACUGCUAAAGUGGCUCAACAAGCCCCUGCCUCAGUCCAAGUGUGUGGGAAAAUGUCAUCCUGGAUUUGUCAAGCGGGCUCGAGAAGGUGAACCCAUUUGCUGCUAUGACUGUGUUCCUUGUCCAGAGGGGACCUUCUCCACUCAGGAAGAUACAGAAAAAUGCACCAAGUGUCCAGAUGAUAAAUAUCCAAAUGAGAAUCAAGUCGAUUGUAUCCCUAAAUUUAAAACAUUCCUGUCUUAUGAAGAACACCUAUGCACUAUCCUGGUCUCUUUUGCCUUACUUCUCUUCCUAACCACAAGUCUUGUUUUAAUCAUAUUCAUUAAAAAUCAAGAAACCCCCAUUGUCAAAGCCAACAACCGGGACCUCUCUUACAUCCUCCUGGUCUCCCUCCUGCUUUGCUUCUUGUCUCCUUUUCUCUUCGUUGGUCAACCAAGGAAAGCCACCUGCCUUCUUCGACAAACAGUUUUCAGCAUCAUCUUCUCAGUUGCCAUUUCUUCUCUUUUGGCCAAAACCAUCACAGUGGUGCUGGCUUUCCUUGCCACAAAACCAGGAAACCGAGUGAAGAGAUGGUUGGGGAAGAGCUUGGCCAACUCCAUCAUCUUUUCUUGUUCUGCUGUCCAAAUUAUUAUCUGCUCCAUCUGGCUUGGAGUUUGUCCACCCUUUUCUGAUUCUGACUUCCACUCCCAGCCUGGAGAGAUCAUCCUGCUAUGUAAUGAAGGCUCUGUUCUCAUGUUCUACAUCACCCUCAGCUACCUGGGCUUCCUGGCUUCCAUCUGUUUCAUGGUGGCUUUUCUAGCCAGAAAUCUCCCUGGGACUUUCAAUGAAGCCAAGCUAAUCACCUUCAGCAUGCUAGUCUUCUGCAGUGUCUGGGUUUCAUUCCUGCCCUCUUACCUGAGCACCAAAGGGAAAUACAUGGUGGCUGUGCAGGUCUUCUCCAUCUUGACCUCCAGUGCUGGUCUGCUGGUCUGUAUCUUCAUCCCCAAGUGCUACAUUAUCAUUCUGAGGCCAGACCUGAAUACAAAGGAGCAGCUUACAACUAGAAGAAAUGUAUAA